AGCUUGACAGAGAAGCUUACCUGAGGAAACUUACUUCACCUGGAAGUUCUCAGCCUGGAUACAAAUAUGUUGGUCCACCUCUGGCUUCUCUCUGGUCUGAGUGCUGUUGUGGCACCUCAGAAUGUCACACAACAAGCCUAUAUGUUUCUAGAAGAGUUUAACAGGAAAGCAGAAGAUCUCAACUAUGAGGUUUCCCUUGCCUCAUGGGACUACAACACCAACAUCACUGAGGAGACUGCCAACAAAAUGAGCCAGGCGAAUGCCAAGUGGUCUGCGUUUUACGACAGGGCCUCCAGGAAUGCCAGCAACUUCCCAUUAGACAGCAUCAGUGAUGCUCUCAUCAAGCUCCAAAUCCAGACUCUCCAGAGCAGAGGAUCAUCUGUGCUGUCACCAGAAAAAUACAACAGACUGAGCACUGUGCUAAACACAAUGAGUACCAUCUACAGCACCGGGACUGUCUGUAAAAUCUCCGAUCCAUCUGAGUGUUUGGUGCUGGAGCCAGGUCUGGACACUAUUAUGGCUGACAGCAUUGAUUAUCAUGAGAGACUGUGGGCCUGGGAAGGCUGGAGAGCUGAUGUUGCCAGGAAGAUGAGACCCUUGUACGAAGAGUAUGUUGAACUUGAAAAUGAGGUUGCAAAGCUUAAUAAUUAUUCUGAUUAUGGAGAUUACUGGAGAGCAAAUUAUGAAGCAGAGGAGCCAAAAGAAUACAAAUACAGCCGUGACCAGCUGGUUGAAGAUGUGGAGAAGACAUUUGAGCAGCUAAAACCUCUGUACCAGCAGCUGCACGCCUACGUGAGGCACAGGCUGGAGCAGGUCUACGGCCCUGAGCUCAUCAGUUCCACAGGAUGCCUCCCUGCUCACUUGCUGGGUGAUAUGUGGGGUAGAUUUUGGACAAAUCUGUAUGCCUUGACUGUUCCUUAUCCACACAAACCAAACAUUGAUGUAACUUCUGCAAUGGUUCAAAAAAAAUGGGAUGCAGUGAAGAUAUUCAAAACUGCUGAGUCCUUCUUCACUUCCAUUGGCCUUGAAGAAAUGAGAGAUGGCUUCUGGAAGAACUCCAUGCUCACAGAGCCGACUGAUGGCAGGAAGGUUGUCUGUCAUCCUACAGCGUGGGAUCUGGGCAAGAAAGACUACAGGAUCAAGAUGUGCACUAAAGUGGCCAUGGAUGACUUCCUGACUGUGCACCAUGAGAUGGGCCACAUUGAGUAUGAUAUGGCAUACUAUGAGCAGCCCUACCUGCUCAGAGGCGGUGCCAAUGAGGGCUUCCAUGAAGCCAUAGGUGAAAUUAUGUCACUUUCUGCAGCCACUCCUCAGCACUUGAAGUCUCUUGACCUCCUAGAGCCAACUUUCCAAGAGGAUGAAGAAACUGAAAUCAACUUUCUACUCAAACAAGCUCUAACAAUUGUUGGAACAAUGCCUUUUACUUACAUGCUGGAGAAAUGGAGAUGGAUGGUGUUUAAGGGAGAGAUUACAAAGUCGGAAUGGACGAAGCGGUGGUGGGAGAUGAAGAGAGAAAUAGUUGGUGUUGUUGAACCUGUCCCUCAUGAUGAAACCUAUUGUGACCCUGCUGCACUGUUUCACGUGGCCAAUGAUUACUCAUUCAUAAGGUAUUACACCAGGACCAUUUAUCAGUUCCAGUUUCAGGAGGCACUUUGCAAGGCAGCUAAUCAUACCGGCCCUCUUCACACAUGUGACAUUACCAACUCCAAAGCAGCUGGUCAGAAAUUGAGAAAAUUGCUUGCAUUAGGCAGAUCCAAGCCCUGGACAGAAGCACUAGAAAGCGUAACAGGAGAGAAAUACAUGAAUGCAGAGCCCUUGCUCCACUACUUUGAACCUCUAUAUAAGUGGCUGCAGAAAAACAACUCUGGCAGAUACAUCGGUUGGAAAACAGACUGGGCUCCAUUUUCUGACAACGCCAUCAAAGUGCGCAUCAGCCUGAAAUCAGCGCUGGGGGACGAGGCGUAUAAAUGGGAUGAAAGUGAGCUCUUCUUGUUCAAGUCAUCUGUUGCCUAUGCCAUGAGAAAAUACUUCACUGAGGUGAAGCAACAGGAAGUUAAUUUCCAGAUUGCAGACAUUCACGUUGGGGAACAGACACAAAGGAUCUCUUUCUACCUUACUGUCAGCAUGCCAGGCAAUAUCAGUGAUAUUGUGCCCAAAGCUGAAGUGGAAGAUGCCAUCAGGAUGUCUCGUGGACGAAUCAAUGAGGCUUUCAGACUGGAUGAUAACACGCUGGAGUUUGUGGGCAUACUUCCAACCCUGGCCCCACCUUAUGAACCUCCAGUCACCAUCUGGUUAAUUGUAUUUGGGGUGGUCAUUGGCCUGGUUGUCGUUGGACUUAUAAUCUUGAUCGUCUCUGGGCAAAGAGAUCGCAAAAAGAGGGCGAGGAGUAAGGACAGAGCAAACAGUGGAGUGGUGAACCCUUACAAUGAAGAGGGAAAAAGCAACAUGGGUUUUGAGCCAUCUGAAGAUACACAAACAUCAUUCUAGAAGAUGUGGGUACAUGAAGGAUUUCUAGUUUUUUUUCAUUUAACUUUUAACAUUAGUGUCUAGCAAGGACCAAAGCACUAUGGAUAUCAUAAAACAUAAUGUUGACCAUAAAUCUACUGGUUCAUAGACAACAACAACUAAAUCUGCUGUUUAUGUGGUAAAACAGAAAGGUAGAGAACAUGCAAAAAUCCAAAAUAUACAUGUCCUGUGGCUUUUCUAUGAAUUUUGUGCAUAAUAUUACACACCAUUUUUGCUGCAUUUCAGAAGUAUGCUGCAUCCAACUUCUCUUUGUUUCCUCUGUAAUGAGAUACAAAAGCUCGGAAGCAUUCAAGACAGACAUACGAAUAACUCACAUACUCCUAAUGCCGAUGAGGAACAUCUUGAUUUUUCCAGACAGAGACCUUAAAAGUGUUUCUAAUAAACAGUGAGAAAAAAACCAUACCUGACUACCAGGUGAACCAUAGUGACAAAGAACUCAAUUUGGUAUGAAGUAACUGCAACAGGAAAUCUGUAGCAAUGUAAAAUGGAUACUGGAUGAAGACUAACAAGAACUGGAACUUUGUUAGGAAGCUGCAAUAUAAGUUAUUUUUCUAACUGUUUGCUUUAUAAGUAUUUUAGAGACCAAAUAGCCCAUGCUCUCUCAAAAAAAGAAAAAAAACCACACACACACACACAAAUAACGUCUGUGUUAUG